CACAACAAACUGCGUUUGCAGCAAACAACUCACGCUUUGCUUGGUUGUCAGUAAAUAAUGAAGUUUUUUUUAGUUUCUUUUGAAAAAAACGUUAUGUUUGCAUUUGAACGCAAUUAAAUUUUCGGCAUUAACGAUGCCUUCUUCUUCAGUUACUUCACUGAUACACGGCCCUUUAAGUGCGGACGACGAAAAAAAACCCAUAAAGGUCUAUGCACGAGUUCGUCCGUUUAAUGAUGAAGAAAAAGAGAGAGGAGAUAACGUCUGUGUCGAGACGUUUGAUGACGAAAAAAGGAUAAAGGUCAUAGAUGAAAAACACUCACAAGAAACAACUUACCAUUUUGAUGGCGUUUUUAGCGGUUCAGACUCAAACGAGAAGGUUUUUGUCCAUACUACCCAACAUUUACUAACAAAACUUCUGAAUGGAAUUAAUUGUGCUCUUUUGACGUACGGUCAGACUGGAUCAGGCAAGACCUUUACACUGAUGGCUGAUGGGUGCAUUACAGAAUAUGCUGUGCAAGAACUCUUUGACAAAAUUGAAGCUGAUAAACUUCAUAAAUAUAAGAUAACAUGUUCGUUUGUUCAAGUUUACUUGGAAAAGGUUUAUGAUUUGUUGAGCCAUGACAGCAAGGAACUACCAGUCCGAGAACAUCCUAAACAAGGAAUUUAUGUUUCAAAUUUAACUCACCAUCAAGCAAACAGCCAGGAGGAAGUUCUUGCUCUUUUUGAUAAAGGAAGGCAAGAGUUAGUCACCGCUGAAACUAAAAUGGUUCGUCACUCAAGCAGAUCUCACUCUAUCUUUCAAUUAUCAAUUGAACGAAGAUUAGAUGUUCCAAGAAGCAGGCUUGUAACACCAGUUCUUUCUACGUAUGGAAAUACUCGAUCAGAGAGUGAUGUUGGUAUAAUGUUACUUGAAGAAGACAUGGUACUUCGAGCCAAGAUGGACAUCUGUGAUUUAGCUGGAAGUGAAAGAUUAGGUAAAACAAUGGUAGAAGGUGUUCAUUUAAGUGAGGCAAAGCACAUAAAUUCUUCUUUAUUAGAACUUGGAAAUGUAAUAUAUGCAUUGUCAGAGGGGAAGAGACGUCAUAUUCCUUUUCGUAAUUCUACUCUAACAAGGUUGCUGCAAGAAUGUUUAGGAUCACGGUGUCAAACAAGCUUUAUUGUUUGUGUUGCACCUUCAUCAGGUGAAGCUUAUGAAACAAGAUGCAGUUUAAAUUUUGGAACAAGAGCACGAACAAUUACCAAUAAAGAAAGAAUGUGUCUCAAUGUGGAGCAAUGUAAUUUAAAGAGUGGGAAGCACAUGAAUGCUUUCUUGAUGCGUUUAAAAAGUAAUCUUGCAACCUCUCUGAAAAGUGUGGAGUUUGUACGAAAACCUGUUGCUAAAGGCGUUUCUAGACAGCUUGAUUUUGAUUAUAAAUUAUUGGCUAAAAAGCUCACAAAAAGAGUCGAAUUACUUGAAUUAGAAUUACAGUCAGCACGUCCUAUUCGCGACUUUAUUUCCAGCUCAAUAAACGGAUUAAACAUUGCUACUGAAACCCAGACUGAUGGUGAGAAUACAAUUGAAAAAACAAACAGUACUGUUCCUACCAUUAUAAUAAAGUGUGCAGAACAUGCAUUAGAUAUCUAUGGAAUGCUAGAAUUGCUGACCGAAAAUAAUGAAAAUCUUCAUCAACACAGUAGCAACUAUGAUACACUGCGUUCUACAUCAGCGAUGGCGCUGUUUACAAUGGCAAUAUCGUCAAUUGCCAAAACACAAAAAGCAUUAAUUUCUGGUAAAGAGAAAAGCUGUUCUGAAGUGUAUAGCUAUGACACCUUAAUAGAAGAAAGCCUGCAAAAGAUGGCAAAGAUAAAAAGUGAAAUUCUGCACAUAAAAAGAGCAGAUAAAAACGAUUUGUUUAUCGAAUCUGCUUAUAUGAUUUCUGAAAUAUGUACAGACAUUGAAAAUGUUCUUGAAAAGGUUGUAGCUGAAAUUGAGAACACAGAAUAUAAACCAGAUAAAGAGAGUUCGUUAUACAAAAAAGUGAGCAAUGCUUUACAAAUCAUCUCACUCAAAUGUUCUGAUAAAGAUAAAAUUGCAAUGCUUAUUCACAAUUUUCUUAAUAUUUUACAAAUCUUUCAAAUUACACGUAUACUGUUGGAAUCUUCAAGAUGGCACUCUAGUUUUCCGAAUUCCACACACAAAAAGUCGUUCAUCGCAUCAUCGUUUAUAGAACAAGAAAUAUGGGAUCCUGAUAACACAUUUUCUCUUUCUUCAAAUGAAGAUGCUUAUUUUUCUGAUUUUUCGUCAAUGGCAGAUUCUGCUCGCUUUGAACGAAUCAAAGUUAAUCAAAUGAAAAAAGAAAAAGAAUUUCUCGAAAAACAAAGUCAAGAAAAAUGUGUGUUAUCACCUUUAAGUAGAAGUCAUUCAGUUAAAACAAAGAAAGAAAUGUGGUCAACACAAUGCGUUGAAAUUUUUACUGACUGUGAAUCAAAUAAUGAAAUGUUACAUGAUCGACCAGACGAAUUUGUUGAGAAUAAUUUGCUCCCUACUAGACUUAUUAGACGAAGAAGCAAGAUUUCUUCUUUUGAUUAUCCGCUUACUUUAACUAAACGAUACACAGCUCCUAGAAACGACAACGUUCAAAGUUCUUGCUCUGAUGUAACUGAGUUGGACAACUAUUUUAGCAAAUCAGAAUUUGGGGAAUUAGAAAAAAGAUAUACGUCUUUGGCAAACAAAUUUGAAAACUUGACAAACGAAAAUAUGUGUUUAAAUGACAAACUUACAAAAGUGCAGAAUGACAAAAUGACUCUUAUGUCGGAAAGAGAUUAUGCUAGGCGCCAAAUAAAUACUUUUUUACAUAAUGAAAGUGAAACUCGAACGAUCAAUAAUGCAAAAAAUAAUUACAGUGAGGAAGUUACUCAGAUAAAUUGGUAUCAAAAAGAACUUGAGUACUAUAAAGCUAAAUUUAGUGAACAAGAAGAUUUAAUUAAAAAAUUGGAUAAAGAUAUAAAAGAAUUGACAUUUGAAAAUGAUGCUUUGAAAGAAAAAGAAAGUUCAAAUGCUCAGCUGCUACAGAAAUAUAUAGAAGCGAAACAAAUGGAAGAUAAAAAUAUUGAAGUUGAAAGCAAGAUGCAAGCCUUUGCAACUGAUAUUUUGUCCAUUUGCAACUGGCUGUGUUUGAUUUGUGAUCAUAAGUUGCAUAAAAGACCUCCAGGAUCAGCCGAAGAUAUCUCGUCCUUAGAGCAAGAACUAUUCAAGAUUACAGAAAAUCUUGUCAAACAUGAAGCUGCUAUAAAAGAAAUUCGUAUUAGAUCAAACAAAGUAGCUCAUAAUGAUGAUGGCGAAAAAAAACCUGAAGAGUCAAUUGAAGAGUCUAUUAAAAUAUUUCAAAAAAAUACUACCUCAAACAAAGUUAUUGCUCAAAAUAUACCUGCUUACAUUACAAAAAAAAUUAACACGUUAAAAAAAGAACAAAAAAAACUUGUUAAUAAUGUACGUAGUUCUUAUAUUGAUCAACCAAUCUCCUCAGUAAAAGAAAUCAAACUCUGCCGUGCGUCCAGAGUUAAAGAGCUUAUCCAGGAAAAAAUAAAAAUGGCAGAAACAAUCAGUUCACUUGAAAUACAAGUUUCUCAAAAGGAAACUCAGAUAAGGGAGCAAAGAAAACAGAUUGAACUUUUAAUUCAAGAAUUAGCUAAACUUGAUUCCGAAGAAAGCAAAAAGAUAUCCAACGAAAUCAAACCAGAUGCUAGCUAUAAACAAAUACAUGUUCUUCAACAAAAGAAUAAGAAAACAUUUGAAAUUACAAUCGCCGUGGAUGAAGAAGAAGAUUUGGAAAUCAUCAAUAUACCUGAAAUAAAGUACACUGAUCUUAUGAAGUUAGCAUCGAUGAUCAACAACAAAGAAUUAUCUAUAGCUAACGUGUGUAAUACAAAUACGAAUGGUUGCAGCAGUACUGUUGAGAUGGUUCCAAUACAAAUUGUUGAGCAAAUUAAAGAAGAACUGGAAACUAUUAAAAAAGAAAAAACGAAUAUAGUUGAAAAGUACGAAAGCGGGCACCUAUUCCAAGAAAAUAAUAGUUUACAUUGGAAAAUUCAAUGCCUUACUGAAUCUAAUAACGCGUUGAUUGAUGAAAACAAAAUUCUAAAGGCAACUUGUCAGAAGUGUAAAGUUCAACUGAAGGAGUUACGCGAAAAAAGCAAUUUUAUCACAACCGAAUUUGAAAAGGCAAAACGAAAUAACUUAACGACCCAAGCAAAAAGCGAGAGUAAUAGACAAAAACUAGAUCAUAAACUAUUGAAGAUGAAAGGAAAAAUUUUAAGAUUAGAAAAGUAUUCAAAGAAUUUAGAGGACAAUCUUAAGCUGUUAAAAAAAGAAGCGAGUAUUAACCAAACUUUCAAUGAUAGUGGAUUAGUUCAGGAUGACUGUCAUUACAUAUACUCCUCGUGAUGGCUUUUAAUGACGGUGGAUAAAUUUUAAUACGUAUAUUCUAUCUCGUGACUUUUUAUAAAAGCAGAUUAGCCUAGGAUGACAUAAUAUUUAUAUCCUACAUGAAAUAAUUUAUUUAUAUAAAGUGUAUAUAUAAGUAUCGCAAAGGUUUAGGGGCUUCUUAUUCA